GCGUGCGCGCCGCAGGCUGCACAGCCGAGCGCCGAGCCCUCGAUCGUCGCUGCCGCGGCCUCCUCCCGCGCUGGUAUCCCACACCCGCUAUGGAGCAUGCCUUUACCCCGCUGGAGCCCCUGCUUCCCACUGGAAAUUUGAGGUACUGCCUUGUGAUUCUUAAUCAGCCUCUGGACAAAUGCUUUCGUCACCUUUGGAAAAAAGCCCUUCUGAGAGCCUGUGCCGAUGGAGGAGCCAACCGCUUAUAUGACCUCACGGAAGGAGAGAGAAAAAGCUUUUUGCCCGAAUUCAUCAAUGGGGACUUUGACUCCAUUAGGCCGGAAGUUAAAGAGUACUACGCUGUUCAGGGCUGUGAGAUCAUCCCAACUCCUGACCAAGACCACACUGAUUUCACUAAGUGCCUGAAAGUGCUCCAAAAGAAGAUAGAAGAGAAAGACCUGCAGGUUGAUGUGAUCGUGACCCUGGGAGGCCUUGCUGGGCGUUUUGACCAGAUCAUGGCGUCUGUGAAUACCUUGUUCCAAGCCAUAUACAUCACUCCUUUGCCAACUAUAAUCAUCCAAGAGGAAUCUCUCAUCUACCUUCUUCAACCCGGAAAGCACAGGCUGCGUGUAGACACUGGCAUGGAAGGCAGCUGGUGUGGCCUGAUUCCCAUGGGACAACCUUGCCACCACGUGACGACGACAGGUCUGAAGUGGAACCUCACAAACGAUGUGCUUGGCUUCGGAACUCUGAUCAGUACCUCCAACACCUAUGAUGGGUCUGGGGUUGUGACUGUGGAAACGGACCAUCCUCUCCUCUGGGCCAUGGCCAUCAAAAGCUAAUCUACAGACUGACGUCCAUCCGUCCAUGUGCCUCAGCCUUAACCUUCUCUGCCAGUGGUUCAAUGCUCAGCAUGACCAAUUCACCUAGGUUUGCAAAAGUGGAAACUUCUCCAUGGGAAGUGUGUAAUUUUUAAAGAUAUCAGGUGUUGGCGUGUAGCUCGGUGGAAGAGUACUUACUUGCCUCGCAAGUGCAGGGCCUUAGAUUGAACGCCCCGCACCACAAAAACAAUGAGGAUGUUCGAGUUUGGAUAUCCCAGGUAAUACUGUAGGUGACGUCUCAAUUCCACAAUGAAGGAAAUUUUAUUAUUAUUAAAAUAUUAAAUCAUUAUUAAAAUAUUUUUAAAAAUCAAUAAAUAGGGCUCUAUUACUUUCAAUUAGAGAGUUAAUGUGAUGCAUUCCAUUGUAAAAUUCAAUGCUGAUUGUUUUUGUUUAAUUAAUCAUUCCAUCUAUCUUUUAAAAAAUGUUUUUAAUUUUAAAGCAGAAAAAAAAAAAAAUGUUGCUGAGGAUUCUUGGGCAUCAGGCAUGCCUGACAACAGGCUACCUCUGAGUAUCUUCUGGCUCCGGGUUCCUCUAUCUCUGUUAUUUCUAUCUACAUAUUAUAUAUUAUCUGGAUCUACUGUCUUCCAGGGGCCUGAGGUAGAGCUCAACCAUCUCGCUCUGGCCUUAUCGCUUUGGCAUUGUCAUUUAAAGACCAAGAAUCAUGUAUCUAACUGCUAGGUUUGAAAGCAGGGUGUGGGGAAAGAUGACUAUUCACGGUCCCUUGUUUGGACCCCAACCCCAAACUCGGAAGUUCAGUGUGGUAGGCCUGGAGGGCGGGAGCGCCUCAUCACCGCCGUGACACAGGUCUGAGGGAUUUGAGCAGAGGAACCUUUGAUAAAUUCAGCUGCUUUUGACAUUCCUCAGACAGGAAAAAAAAAAUGAGUUCAUCAAGUUCACUCACAUCGCCAGGAAAUAAGUCUGUCUAUGGGAAUAAAUGAACAUCAUUACUAGGAAGCCAAAGCCUGAAACUUGUUCUUUUGUUCCUGACCAAAAAUUUGCCUGGUUUCCUGAACCCCUUUCCUUGGCUGUACUGGGGGAGAGGCUGCUCUGAGCGUGGGAAGGGACUACACGUGCAGAUUCUGAGUGCUGGCAGCGUUGUAAGGGAGUAACGCGGAUACUGGAGCAUUUGUUAAAUCAUAUCUUGACAAACAAACCAUGAUUUAAGAAAAUCCUGCCCAACAUGUAUUUGUGUGCAGUGACUGUGACCAAUGAUUGUCUUAUCGGUGCUCAACAAGUGUGACACUCAGAUGGCAAAUGGAGAAUGAAAAGGGAGCAGUUGAACAAUCAUGAAGUUCCGAGUGGUUAAUCAUUAGAAAUCAUGUUUAAUUAGUUUAUGCAAACAUGUGAUACUGAAAGUCAGAUGUCAUGUAAACACAGUCGAUUUCUAAAAAGAUAAUUCAUUUUGUUGCUUGUAUUUCAUUAUGGCCAGUCUCAUGGUAAGUGUUUUGGAAUUAGACAUAUCUACUCAAAGGGAGAUUAAUAAAUAUGUACCUCACAAUAAAAAUUAUGAAUUAAAAGCUUUUCAUCUCA